AUGAGCAGUUUCCUCACAGGAAUUAACGGAGAUUUGGAGGAGGAGUGUUGGUAUGUGAUGCUCCACGAUAACAUGAACCUCUCCAGGUUGAUGGUGCAAGUCCAGCAGGUAGAGGACAACCAAAAGAAGAGAGGCGUUCGUGAUGCUAGGAGACCUAAGCCUCAAGAUCAGGCAGGUCCUAGUAAUGGAGGCAACAGAAACAAUUUUGGUGUCCGUGAACAUCCCAGAUUCAAAAAGGGGCAACAGAGUUCUGGGAACUCUAAUUUUCAGAGGAGUACAACACCUAGAGGAGGAAGGCCCGAGCCUAAGAAGGGCAAUGGAGGUGAGAUUCAGCGUCCCAGAAAGGACUGUGCUAAGUGUGGCCGUGCUCACAGUGGAGAGUGCAGACAUGACAUUAAUGAUGCAGUAGCAGCCGAGCCUCCUAAGAGGAAUAGGUUCUACGCCCUUAAGGGUAUGCAGGAUCAGGAGAAGUCCGCUGAUGUGGUCACAGAAUGGCUCUAG